AUGGUUUGUCUCCGCUUGCAGGUGGUGGGCCUGGCCACGUACUGCGCCAUAGUGGUGCCCCGAGCGCAGCUGCUGGCCGAGGCCGACCAGGGCAUGUUCAUGGCGAGCAUGUAUCAGCUGUUCUGCCUGCUGGUCGCCUACUGUGGCGGUGAGGCUGAGCUCAUCAGGAAGACAAAGCCCGACUCACUCAACACCCGCGUGGGGCCCUGCUGUUGUUGGCCAUGCUGCUGUUGUCUACCGCUGCUCGCUGUCAAUAAGACACAUGUGAGAAUGCUGAGGGUGCUCGUGCUACAGCUGCCAGUGGUGCAAGGCCUUAUAUACAUGGUUCUACUUGUUAUGUGGGCUGAAGAACAGAGCUUAUACCAAGUAAACUACGUUUACAUGCAGCCCAUCGUUGUCAUAUCAAUACUGUGCGGUAUCUGGGGCAUGAUCAUGACUAUGAAAAUGUUGACUGAAGUUCUGAAAGAACACCACAUGCAAGGGAAAUUUUUCGUACUACAGUUGGUACUGCUGCUUGGAAAAUUGCAGGGCAUUAUUGCCAAAGUCCUGGUCAACAUGGACUUCAUGCCAUGCAAGCCUCCGAUCACACCAACUGUUUAUGCUAACUUGCUCUACAACUCAGUGAUGAUCUGGGAAAUGGUUCUGCUGAGUAUUGUGGCCCGUAUCAUCUACAAGAAAGCCGUGCCCGAUCCGAACGGUUCGGCCGAACUGCCGCAACAAAUCUGCACAAUCGGCAUAAAAAUCAACACGCCGCCCCCCGUGAUCACGGAGUGCCCCGAGAAGCGGAAACUGUCCGAGCUUCAGAACAAUAACGGCACUCACUUUAUAGAACGGUUUUGAACUAGCUCU